AUGGUGAGCGUCUCAACUGCAAGAACGUCACGAGAGCUUUGGACAGAUCUGAAAAAUAGGUAUUCAUCUGCUAAUCCCACUAGAGAUUUUGAAUUGACAAGAUCUAUAUCAACUAUCAAACAAGCAGGUGCACCUAUCACAGAAUACUAUGUGAAGAUUAAAACACUCUGGGAUGAACUAUAUCAGUAUAAGUUGCUGCCUGUGUGCAAGUGUGGUAGCUGUUCAUGUGGAGCUGACAAAAUCUCUAUGGCUCAACAGAACAAGGAGAAACUACUUCAAUUUCUAAUGGGCCUGGAUGAUCAGUACGAGCAUGUCACGAAUCAAAUUCUGCUGAUGGACCCUCUGUCAGAUGUGAAUAAAGCUUAUGGUCAAAUAAGUCAAGUUGAAAGGAAGCAAACAGUCGACCAAAAUGACAAGAAGAAUAUGGUCACACAAAAGGAAACUGAUAUCCAGGAUUCCAUAGCUAUGCAAGUGGGAACUCAGGCUGCUGGAAGGAGCUCACAUGCUGGAACCAACAAUCAUAGAUUCAAAAGGAAUAGCUCAUGA